CUCCCUCGCAAGUUAGUGGAGUAAUGAAAGAGAGAGUGCUGCAGAGGAGUGUGGAGCUUUCCUGGCAGGAACCAGAACAUCCCAAUGGAGUCAUUACUGAAUAUGAAAUCAAGUAUUAUGAGAAAGAUCAAAGGGAGAGGACCUAUUCAACAGUGAAAACCAAGUCCACUUCAGCUUCUAUUAAUAACCUAAAGCCAGGAACAGUGUAUGUUUUCCAGAUUCGUGCCUUUACUGCUGCUGGCUAUGGAAAUUAUAGCCCCAGGCUGGAUGUUGCCACACUAGAAGAAGCCACAGCCACAGCUGUUUCCAGUGAACAGAAUCCUGUUAUUAUCAUAGCGGUGGUUGCUGUGGCAGGAACCAUCAUCCUGGUCUUCAUGGUGUUUGGAUUCAUCAUUGGGCGAAGGCAUUGUGGCUAUAGCAAAGCUGAUCAAGAAGGGGAUGAAGAACUUUACUUUCAUUUUAAAUUUCCAGGCACCAAAACCUACAUUGACCCUGAAACCUACGAGGACCCAAAUAGAGCUGUCCAUCAAUUCGCCAAGGAGCUAGAUGCCUCUUGUAUUAAAAUUGAGCGUGUGAUUGGUGCAGGAGAGUUUGGUGAAGUGUGCAGUGGGCGUCUAAAGCUUCCUGGCAAGAGAGAUGUUGCAGUAGCCAUAAAAACUCUGAAAGUUGGCUACACUGAGAAGCAAAGGAGGGAUUUCCUGUGUGAAGCAAGCAUCAUGGGACAGUUUGACCACCCUAAUGUUGUUCACUUAGAAGGGGUCGUUACCAGAGGGAAACCAGUCAUGAUUGUAAUAGAAUACAUGGAGAAUGGGGCCUUAGAUGCAUUUCUUAGGAAACAUGAUGGACAAUUUACAGUCAUUCAGCUAGUGGGAAUGUUGAGAGGAAUUGCUGCUGGAAUGAGAUAUUUGGCUGAUAUGGGAUAUGUACACAGGGAUCUUGCAGCACGCAAUAUUCUUGUCAACAGCAACCUUGUUUGUAAAGUGUCAGACUUCGGCCUUUCCAGAGUUAUAGAAGAUGAUCCAGAGGCUGUCUACACUACUACU